UUCCACAAUCAAUAUAUUUUCUAAAGUAGUUUAAUAUAAAGCAACAAUAAUCAUCACACAAGCUCCAAAUUUAUUUAUAUAAAUACUUUUUUAAAUACUCUUUAAUCAGUUAACACAUCACCAACCAAAACAAUCGAAAUUAGGGUAUUAAUUGUAUAAUUCAUCACUAUAACUUUUUCAUCGUCACCUUUUUGUUUUUUCUCUUUUAUAAUAAUAAUAAUAAUACAAUAUUCCUAAUCUAAAUCAUCUUUUUAUUAAUAUUAUAUCUAGAAAAAUUUAUUUAUUUUAUAUUAAAAAACCUUGUAUAUUAUAUAAUCAAAUUUUAAAAAAAAACUUACUAUUUAAAUAAUAAUUUUUUCAUACCAAUUUAUUUAUUUAUUUCAUAAUAACAAAAACAAUAAUAAUAAUAUUAUAAUAAUAAAAAUCAUAAUAAUAAGCUAUAACGAAAUAAAAUUAAUAUUUAAUAAUAAUUUUAUUUAAUAAUCAUCAAUCAACCAAAUUUUAUUAUAGUAACAAUAAUAUUUUAUAAAAACAAAAUAAAUAAUUUUUUAAACAAUUAUGAGCAUUUCACAAGUUUCAAAUAUUAACACAAACGGUUUAGUUGGAUAUAGUCUCGGAAACCCAUCAUCACCAACAUCAACCUCAUCCUCAUUAACUCCAACUAGCACAAGUGAAGAAAUGAUCAAAAAAGAAGACAACACAAGUGAACCAUCAUCACCAAAUACUGAAAUCUCUGGUAAAAAAGCCGGAAGAAGAAAGAUUAAAAUUGAAUUUAUCGAUGAUAAAAGUAGAAGACAUAUUACAUUCUCCAAAAGAAAAGCCGGUAUAAUGAAAAAAGCUUAUGAGCUAUCAACCCUUACAGGUACUCAAGUUUUAUUAUUAGUCGCCUCUGAAACUGGCCAUGUAUAUACCUUUGCAACCACUAAAUUACAACCAUUAAUUACUAGACCAGAAGGUAAAAAUCUUAUUCAAUCAUGUCUUAAUACUCCAGAUAAUCCAACAUCCCCAUCAAUUACAAAUAAUAAUAAUAAUAACAAUAACAAUAACAAUAACAACAAUAAUAAUAAUAACAAUAAUAAUAACAAUAAUAAUAUUAAUAGUAAUCCUAUUUCACAUUUACAACAACAACAAGUACCACAACAACAACAACACCAACAACAACACCAACAACAAGUACCACAACAAGUUCACCAACACCAACAACUUCAACAAUUACAACAAUUACAACAACACUCACCUCAACAAGUAAAUUCAAGAUAUAACGAUCAAUUUUUAGCUCCAAACGGUGCCAAUAGUUAUGCAGAUAAUAUUUAUGAAAUCCAAGAUAAAGAUAUUGAUAGAAGACUUCUUGGAAAAGAUAUAAACAAAGGUACCUCAACUCCACCACAACAAUAUUUACCACAAAAUAUUAAUGGUUUGGAUAUGAACUCCAUGAACUAUAACACCAAUUAUAAUCCAAUGGGCUAUUAUCAAACACCAAUUCAAGCUAGAUAUUUACAAAGCAAUAGUGCUUCGUCCUCACCUGCUUCCCCUAAUCAGUUUAAUAAUUAUUCCCACUCAUUACCAAUUAAUAAUUUCCCAAACUGUUAAAAUAUAAUAAUAUAAUAAUAAUAUAUAAAAUUAAAAAUAUAAAAACAAAUAGUAUAAAAAAAAAAAAAGCGCAAAGGGUUUCGAAUUUAAUCAUCUAUUUAUUAAUUUAUAUAUUAACCAAAAACCCAAAUCUUAAAAAUAAGAAAUAAAAACUAAAUAUGUAUAUAUUUUUU